GUUUGCUAACAAACGCUCAUGAGCCUGUGUUGUGUUCCCGCACAGCACUCACUGGAAUACGUUUCGCAAAAGAUUAUCAAAAUUUUUGUGUGAAUUCUAUCUCGAUGCUACAGUAAAUUGAGCUUUCCCCUUUACAACGCAAAAUUCUCAGUGAAACAUCAACACAAGCAACAAGGCGCCGUGACACCUAAAUUUUUUGUUUGGCAAUCAAGUGCUCCUCCAGCAUAUACAAGAAUCAUCAUGUUGUUAAAAGUACCAUCUGUGGACUGGUCGGAGCAAAUCAUUUAUGUGAUAGACGACGACGAGUCCCUAUCGGACUUUGACGAUGAACCAGAUUUUUCCGAGUAUAUGUGGAUGGAGAACGAGGAGGAGUUCGACAAGAACGAACUUCAAAGGCUAGAGGAGGAGGAAAUUAUGCAGGAAUGUAUCGAGGCCAUGAUGGAGGACGAGCUGGAAGAGCAGCUCAACGAGUGGGAGAAGGCAAAAACGGAGGAGCAGAAUACGGCACUUUCCGCUCUGCCUAAAAGUCAGUGCGAUGUGGAAAAGUCAGUUUUAAAUCCCAUGGCCGAUGAAUUUGUACCGCGUAGUCACAUAUUGGACUUGCCCGCCGCCUCGUAAGCCCAGCCAGCCAGCCCGACCACCACCAGACUCGCAACAAAUCCCACACGCCCCAUAACACGUGGACCUCACUCGGCAGGCGCUGCAGCAAGCGCACCAGUCGAUUCGCAAAAAUCCUAAGAAAAAUCUGUAAAUCCUUUGCAAGAAAAAACUCGACCUACCAUUAGUCCAUGCCAUGAUUCUGGUGCGGACUUGGCCAUAAAGAAACAGAUACGCAUAGCCGUAAACAAAUAAGAUGGUUCUGACCAAAAGCUGGCGACCGAAAUGCAAACGAAUAACAUUUCUGAAAUCAAUUAUAAAACUACACAAAAGAAGCCACUGAAAAAAAAAUACAAAACGUUGAAAGAAACAAAAACGAGAAAAAAAACCAAC